AUGACCAAAAACAUACCCAUAGCACUCCACAAAGCAGUGUUACUGGCAACGCUUGUCCCAUUACUAGCGCCGCCAGGAACAGCUGAUGCCUUUUCUGCUGGUGUCAUAUCGGCGCGACAUGAGAACCUUCCAACUCCCCAACAUUGGCCGCUGCAUGCUCAAGCAGAGGAUGAAAGCAACGGUGCCAUAUCCGAACCUGCCUUUUCACCUCAACCUCCGGAUUUUCCUCCAGUGGUUGACGAGCAGCUUCAGACUGAUCUGAUGGAAUCUGAACGGCGAAUAAUGAUGUACGAAGCCGAAAUCAAGAUGGUCCGCGAACAAUUGGAAAUCAAGCAGGAUGAGCUGCAAGAAGAACGGAAUUUCUUUCGGGACGAAAAGUCUUCCUUGAUGGGCAAGAUUGCCGAUUUCACCAACAUUUUGGCCCAGAAAGAAAACGAACUCGGCGAGUUGCAAAAAUCGCAAUCAGAUGUACAACCGAGUGAAGCCAAGAUGGAAAAAGUCAAUGAAUUGGUCGAGGAAGUAAAGCUGUUGUCCAGCGACCUCGAUGCCAAGACUGCCAUGUACUUGAAUCAACAGAAAACGACGGAUGAACUCCGGAAGCGGUUCGAACAAGCCCAGGAUAACUUGGAGUUUGAGCAGAUGCGAUUUGAAAAGGAAAAGUCAGUUUUACAGGAAGCGAUCGAGGAGGAACGCAAGAACUUGAGAUCGAUGCAACAAAAGAUGAAUGAAAGCCAAGAAUUUUUCGACACUUCGAAGCAAGAGCUUUUGGAUAAGAUCAAGAGCGAGGAAGAAAAGUUUCAAAAUGCAAAAGCAACUUGGAGUGAAACACAGUCCAUGAUGGAGGCAGUCGAACAGGAACUCCGCGCCACAAUACAACAAAACGAGGCCUCCAUGGAGGAGCGCAAAAAGUUGGAGAACGAUGCUAAGGAUACCUUGAAUGAUCAACUGGAUGAAAUGCGCAAUAAUCUAAAACAAGAACAGUCCAAUGCGAAACGGACAGUGCAGGAACUUAUGGAUCAAAAGAAGCAAUUCGAACAGGAAAAGAAUGAUCUAGAAGAUAUCAUCAAGAAGGAGCGAAACCAAAUUGAGAAACUGCGAGUGGGACUCAUACAAGAGGAACAAAAGUUUGAUAAGGAAAGAAUUCAACUGGAGGAAAAACUCUCGUCGGAAACCGAGAAACUAAAAACCAUUGAAGCCGAGCUCAUGGAAGAAAAAGACACUUUUUCUAAGGAGAAAGAACAGUUGGAGAAGAAACUUGAACAAGAGAUCCGUGUACGACAACUUAAAAAGCGUGUCAUGCACGAUCGAUACGAUGAGAUCCGCAAGGAAAUGACGGAACUUUGGGAAAAUACCAAGCGACAAGCCAGAAAAGAAGAGGCUCGUCUGAAGAAAAAGUAUGAAAAGAAGCUGGCAGGUGUCAAGAAAAAUGUACUCCGUCUGGAAGAUGCACUGCAAGAAUCGGAUGCCACCAAUGCAGAUCUCACAGCAAAGUUACUCGCAGCCCAAGAGGAAAACAAGGAUUUGAUUGUAAAGACAGAGCAGUUGGAAACAAAGUACAAGACUUUGCUAAGGAACCGCGACAGCAUCAUCGAUCAGCAAUCAAUGAUCAUCGACGAGCAGACCCAAACAAUUGAGCGCUACGAAAGCAGCUUUAGAGUCUUGGCACAGCUCUCGGCUAAAGUGACGGGCAAGAAGAUUCGACAAAUCGGGGGAUCGGUCAAACGAAUAUUCCAACAGGAUACCAAGACGGAAAAUACAGACAUGGAUGCUUAG